UGCAGCUUAUUAUACAUAAUAUAUAUAUAUAUAUAGAGAGAGAGAGAGAGGUUGUGAGCAAUGGAAAGGAUGAGCUCGUGUGCUGAUUCGCCAUACGGGCUGUUGUUAAGAGCUCUGUCUCUCAUACCAAUCACACACUAUGUGAUGGGGAUGGUUUCGGUUCUUUUCGUGAUGUUGUACAAUUUUCUUGAGUUUCAUAUAGUGCAGGAUUUGGUGAGUGGAUUCAGAGGUCAACGGGUGGAUUUGACCUUCAAUUCUUGCUCUCAGCUCUACCAUGAAGUUGUCUCCAAGUGCACACUUCUUCAUGGAAGGUACAUGUCUACUCCAUGGCUUUCUAGCCCUCAUCUUCAGACUACUUUCUUGAGAUUCUUUGGGAGACCUCCUGUUUUCAACUACAGAAGGGAGAUACUUAACACAGGUGAUGGUGGUAUUGUAGCUCUAGAUUGGUUGGCACGCCAUGAUGUCAUGGAAAACGAAGACACGGGGAAUGAUGAGGUUCAUCAAGAUGCUGACACGCCAGUCGUUGUAGUGAUCCCCGGAUUGACAAGUGAUUCUGAUUCUGUUUAUAUAAAACAUCUCACUUUCUACAUGGCGAAACGCGGAUGGAAUGUUGUUGUGAGUAACCAUCGAGGCCUCGGGGAUGUACCAUUGACCUCUGAUUUCUUUUACAACGGUGGAUGGACGGAAGAUUUACGCAAAGUGGUCAAACAUAUUCGUUCCCGAUCCCCUGAUGUUCCUUUAUUCGUCGUUGGAACCAGUCUUGGAGCAAAUAUGAUGGUUAAGUAUUUAGGUGAAGAUGGGAAGGACAUUCUUAUAGAUGGGGCUGCAGCUGUUUGUUGUCCUUGGGACCUUCUGCUCUGUAACAGAUUUAUUAUGCGAAAUCCGGUGCAAAGGUUCUACGACAAAGCCUUGGGAGCUGGAUUAAAGCGUUACGCAAUGAAGCAUCAGGACUUCUUUACUCGCCUUUCGGAUUGGGAUGGCAUCGAAAAGGCACGGAAUGUUCGUGAGUUUGACACAAGUGCCACUUGUCGUGUAGGAAAGUUUGAUACCGCGGACAUAUAUUACAGGGAAUCUAGUUGUGUCAAUUAUGUGGGACGCAUAAAGGUUCCCCUGCUUUGCAUCAGUGCACUAGAUGAUCCAGUUUGCACCAAAGAGGCCCUUAUUUGGGAUGAAUGCCGGGUGAAUAAGAACGUUAUUUUAGCUACUACACAACACGGGGGACACCUCGGAUACUUUGAUGGGAUGGACGCAAAGGGAGUUUGGUGGGUUCGAGCCGUUGAUGAAUUCCUCACCGUUCUAGGAUCUAGCAAGCUAAUCAAAAGACAAAAUAAGAUGCCGGAUUACCUCCGGGUCAGGCCUCAGAAAUCGCUAACCAACAAAGAUCCAUACGUCGGUUUGGUAAAGAAAACUGACAAUCAGGCGCAUUUAGACAACAUACCAAAUAUCAACAAGACUUCUGUGGAGGAACAAGGGUCUGAGACAGUCUCCACAGUUGACAGUAUAAUAUUCUUUCAAAAAAGGAUUAUGGAUCAGUUCUAGCACUUGGAUGGAUAAUGAUAAUAUCCAGGUGACAGUAAUUGGCGUUUAUGUAAAACAUCAACGUAUAAGAAGUGAUCUGUAUUCUUUGUAAAGAAUAAUAAUAGUUUGUAACACGCAGUUCAUCCCUUUCGUUGCCAAAUUAUUACUCGUUCUGUCUCAAAUAAAAUUGUUUUUAUAACAUUUUAAACUUGUAAGCCCGAA